CGCAGAGCUACGGUUUGGCGCGGUUAUUUCCAGAAACGUCAGAUUGUGGGACAUAGUGUGGCGCAGUCGCACAUGGGACCGUUAUGGACUUGUUCAAUUUCCAAAUUUAGCCUUGAGCAUGACAGCCAAUCUUGGCUCUGCCAUUAACUCUACCAUCAACCAUAACAUGAUUAGAAGUGAAUCAUUGAACUCUGGAUCUUCAUCCCCCGAAAGCCAUUCCUUUGAUGAUUCUGACCUUCUCUCUUCUUCCACUGUAGGUGAUGAUGUCACUGCUCAGUUGGCUGCUGCGGGUCCUAUAGGUGUAGCUGCAGCAGCUGCUAUAGCCUCAGGGAAAAAACGUCACCGAUCACAUUCAUUCGAGAUGAAUCCUUCUCUGAGAAAGCGUCAACAAACAAGGCUCAUUAGGUUGGUAUGA